AUGAAACGGAGACCCUGUAUUCUGAGUCGAUAUUCCCGUAUGUUGUCUUUCCUGUUCAACAAUCUUGGCAAAGUCUACUGCUCAAAACAAGAGUACGAAAGGGGCAUCGAUCUCUGCCAAAAGGCAAUCGAAAUCGACAAGAAGAAGCCGGAAACAGCCAGCAAAACACUGCAUCUCCGGCAACUCAACAUGACUACAACCUUUGGGCUUCGAGGUGAUACGAAGGCUGCGUGGCACCAAUUGAACCUCGCCAGAAAUAUCGCACGCCACGAGUUCGGGUCAAACACUUACUACGUUGCUGUGUAUGCUCCCUAUUUUCCUAACGUUCUCUCCCGGACGACCAACCUGGCGACUAACGAUUCUAUAGGAGGUGUGGCGAAAACGCUAGAUUGCUUCAUAUACAACAAAAGGAGUUGGGAAAAGCGGAAGAAGCGUUCAGGCAUGCCCUUGACGCCAGCGCGAAACAAAGUCCCGGCCCCGAUCCAGACGGGGAUUUUGCAUUAUCGUCUGGCAGUCACAACUCUCAAACAACGACGAUUUGAGGUGUCCAUACCCGUCCUUGGCGGUAAAGGCGAGAUGGUCCGAGUGGCACGCGCUUUGGCUGAAGCUCUCGAGCAAACGGCGCUAGCGGGAGGCGACGGUUCUGCGGAAACGGCUGCAUGGAAAGAAGAGGCCAGACGCCUCGGACUAGCUGCAAAUGAUUUCCGGAGAGAGAUUCAGGGCGGUGGUUACGACCGGUUUUCCAGAUUCGAUCGAAACCUACGAUCUCAUUUAUAG